AUGGGCGUGGUGUUUGUUGGAAACUGCGCUGAGGGUUUCAAGUACCACUACUAUCGACACGGAGGGAGUGUCCCCAUGAACAUCCACCCCACCUUGUCCCCGACCCCUUUCCAAGUCUUAAGUUGGUUCGUGCAAGGCGGAAGAACCUACAUACAACAACGUGGUAGGACAUUCAUGAACUUCAAUCGGAGUUGGGACGAGUAUCGAUACGGCUUCGGCCAUAUCCACAGCAGCCACUGGCUCGGACUUCACUACCUCACCAACAGUGAACCUAAACAGCUGCUGUACGAGACCAAUAACAACAAAAGACUUUUCACACGGCAAGUUACCGAUCUGUUCCGAAUCGGCAACAACGACUCCAACUACACCGUGCAAAUUGUGAGGAACGAGAAAGGGGAAUUAGGUGAGUGCAUGUCGGAAACCGUCGGGAGGUCCUUCAGCACCUUCGACCGAGACAAGGACGAUGAUGUUGGUGGAAACUGUGCUUCUAUAUUUCAGAGUGGUUGGUGGUUUGGCUCUUGCACUGACUGUACCAUGAUGCCUGGUGGUGUGUGGAAUGGAUCGUGCCCUUCUUGUAAUCCUAAUGGGCCAAUCACAAAGCCGAUAGGUUGA